AUUAUUAUUAUUAUUAUUAUUAAUAAAGCGAGAUCUUUUUGCAAUAUGAUACAUCCUUUAUUAACCAAGCCUCGUUCUUUCUUCGCAUUGUUAUGGACCUCGACUUCGUCUUCGAAGUUUGGAAUGAUGGGUCUUGCUGCCUUAUCAUCUGGUCUUUCCGUUCUGGUCCAUGGAGAAUCAGGAUUUGGUGAGGCCUUGAAAGCUGUCAAGUUUGGUGAUACGGCCACUGUGGAUUCUGAAGAUGCUACUGAGUGGGCCCAGAAGAUCAAAAAGCUAAGGAAGAUAAGCAGACAACUACGGCGUGAACAGGCUUCAGAGCUACGUUCAUUCUACAAUGAGAAGUACAGCUGGGGGAAACAGCUGGGAGCUCUGGUGAAGGAGAUGCUCAGCAUGAUGUCUGCUCAAUGAGACUGAUGUAUUCCCUGUUGCAGGCCAUCUGCAUCAGAUUUGAGGACUCUGCUAAGAGUACUAUUGGAAACUCUGACCAUUAAUAUACCUAAGCUUGUUUGGUGAAAACCAGUGUCAACAUCACAGCUCAGAUGGGUGUACAAAGGGACAUUUGCCUCAUUUUAUUUUUACUUGCCCUUUCUAAUAAUAGAUAAACCUUGGAAGCAGGCUCCUUAUUUUUUCUUUAGAAAUGACUGGGGUUUGCCUUCUUGCUUUUCUAAAAUGAUAUUUACUAGUGUCCAUUGUCAGCGCCCAGAGAGACCGGUGUACGAAGGACACUUGUACCCAAGUUAAAUUCUAUGAAGGCUUCAAAAAAACCCAGAAGGCUCUGGUUUUUUUUUUUUAAGAAGUAUUUUUCCUCUUGCCUUUCUGUAAUGAAUUAACCAGCCAGAGAGGUGUACAAAGGACACUUUGAUUCAACUGAAUUGGUUUGAUGUAAUUUACCAAAAACAAGCCGAGGAGCAGGCUCUUAUUUUUUCCUAAGAAUUAGUGGGCUUUGCCCUUUCUCUUUUCUUCAAUGAAUUAUCAGCCAUUGUCAACACCCAGAGAGGUGUACAAAGGGACCUUUUACUCAACUUUAGAAAGGUUUACUGGUAUGUUCUUUACUUAAAACAAGCCUAGAAGCAGGCUUUUAUUUUUUUCCUAGCAUGAGUAGGCGUUGCCUCCUUGCUUUUUUCCAGUGAGUUAUUAACCAGUGUCCAUUGUCAACACUCAGAGAGGUGUACAAAGGGCAUUACUUAUACUCGAGUUUAUAAAGGUGUACAUAGUUAAACCAAGCCCAGAAGCAUGCUAUUACAAGUACAGUAUAUUCACAUCAGAACAAGUAGACAGCUUCAAUUAUAUUGUUAAAUUUUUUAUUUAUCUCUUGUGAAAGUGGGCUGUAGUAUUCCUUGUGGAGUAGUAUAUGUAAGUAGUCCCUGUACAGCAACAGUACGACAUCAACAGGCCUCAGCUCUUAAAAAUAUUGGAGAACUCCAAUUCUGGCCUUGUCAAUCAUGGUAACCAGAGUUAACACACACAGAGGUGUACAAAGGACACAUUUACCAAACUUAAACAAAAUUAAUGUACUUGCUCUUAUCAUCUUAAAAUAACCCUGGACGGAGGCUAUCACAUUUAUUUUAAUCAGUAUAAUUACGUUUCCCUCUCUUGAUCAUCAUGACUUGUUGCUUGUACAUGUAUGGCUCAAAGGCAGGCUAAAUCAAUGUCUGAUACUUAAUGUACUUAGUUUUGGUAAGAAAUAGUUACUUGCCCACAGUUUUUUUCAGAGUUUCACAAGAAGAGAUGUGUUGUCCUCUCAGCACUUGAGAUGUGCUGGCACCUUCUGUAACCUUAACACUGAGUGGGGGCCACUGUGACAUACUUAUGUUGUUGUAUGCUCAUGGUGUUUCAUGGUCAACUUGAGAAUAAAACUGAGAGGUUGUCUGUAA